AUGAGAAAUCAAAAUGGAUGCAGAGAUGGUUUCUUUGGUGACAGAUGUGUAAAUAAAUGUCGAUAUCCAUCAUACGGUAAAGACUGUCAAGAGAGGUGUCAAUGUUCCGAAACUGCUUGCAAUUUUAUGACUGGAUGUGACAUUUCUAAGCAUGAGCAGUUAAAAGCUGAAAACAGAUCUCAACACAUAGCUUUCGGAAUUACUUCAUUCAUGGUUAUAGUUGCAGUUUCCAUUUUGUCCUCCAUCCUAAUCUCAGCUGCCAUAACUCUUGCUAUCUGGCGUCUCAAAGGACCAUAUAGGUGGAACAGGAGAGUGUCUCAAAAUAUGUCACGACCGCUAGGACAACAGGGGCCAUGCCAUGCAACAACGCAACAACCACACCAUGUUGCCUUUGAUAGUCGCCAAAGAACAAAUGAUUACUGCUUCAAAGUAAAUAACAGGCCAAGCCACACUGACUGUUCUACAAUCGAGGUUUCGACCAUUCUUCCACCGUCAGACAUUAAUCGUCCAGAACUGCAGCGAGAAAACAGCUCGGAUACAACAGUAUAUGAUAUUGGCUCGUGUACUUAUGAGCCUGUCGUUUUCCCUGUACGGGAAGAACAUUGAGAUGCGUAUAAUUAAAAUGAGGAAAAAAAAAAUUAUCUUGAAAAAAAAAACCGCAAAAAUGUUGAUAGUUAAAAAACAGAGAUGAUGAAGCUACUAAACGCAGGAAAAUGUAUAUAUGUAAAGCAAUUUAUUUGAAAAUUAUACGUACUUGCACAAUAUGUUCUUAUUUAACAUGCAUAGUAUUUUGGAAAUACAUUUUUUAUGUCAUUAUGUAACAAAUGAAUACUUUUCUAUUUCUGUUUGCAUAUAAAAUUAAUAUUGUCAACAUUUCCCCCCUUUUUG